CUCUUCCCUCAUCUCCAACUCUCACAGAAGUUUAAUUAAUACAUAUUUUCAAAAUGGGUACACCAUAUUUAUUCCUCUCUCUCUUCCUCUUCUCGGCCUUACUUUCCAACAACGCAGCACAGACGCCCCCGGCAGUGCUCGACACCGACGGAAACACCGUCCAAGGCGGCGUCAAGUACGUCAUCGUCCCAGUACAGCCAAGCCAAGGCGGAGGGCUCGACCUCGCCUCCACCGGCAACCAGACCUGCCCGAAGAGCGUGGUCCAAGACGCCCCGAAAGUGACGGGCAACUCGGUAACGUUCUUCCCCGUGAACCCCAAAGACGUGGUUCGCAACGGCACGGAUCUCAACGUCCAGUUCUCCGGCUCAAACGCGGGAUGCCCCGAGUCUACUCUCUGGCAAAUCGCACACGACCCGGAAAACACUGACGUCACCCAGUACGUGUUGAGCGGUGGAGAUAAGGGAAACCCCAGUUUCUCCACGGCGAGAAGCUGGUUCAUGAUUCUGAAGACCAAAAAUGGGUACAAGUUCAAGUUUUGUCCGGUGUCGUUGUGUGACUGCAAUCCUGUUUGCCAAGAUAUUGCCAUUACGGUGGAGAACGGACAGAGGCGUUUGGUAGUAGACUUACGCCUUACACCUUUGGAGGUCAACUUUAAGAAGGCUUAAAAAUGUUCGAUCUAUAUAUGUGCUAGCUGAUCCUAAAUUAUCUUAGCGAUUUGGAUGUAGUAGUAGUACAAUAAACCAUCCUCAAGAGAGAAAUGGUCUAAGAACAAUGAAAUAAACAUUACUCCAUAUACUGGUUAUAGUACGUACUGUUAUUUCUCUUUAGUUUUAUACAUAUAGAGUGCUAUUCAUUAGUACGUAUACGUCUUGUGCAAAAUAUCAUGUACAAUGAUUAAGUAUAUAUGUUAAAGAUUUAUUACCGAAA